AUGUAUGAAAAAAUUCAUUUUUAUUUUGCUUUAAUAAUUUUUAUUUCAUUGUUUUUUAUAACAACGGGAAGUUAUUCGAGGGACACAAUUGAUGGAUGCACGCAAAGAAGAGGAUGUAAAAUAGAAAAUGGACAAUGCGUUUGCGGUACGGGUUGUUAUUACGAAUACAGGUACUCGUCAAAAUCCGAAUGUUACAAAGCGAUCAAAGGUCGGGAAUAUGAUUUGUGUCAAAGAAAUCCAUGCAGAAAUGGCGGAACGUGUAGUCAAACAUCUCACGAACCUGGAUUUAAAUGCCGUUGCGAAGGAACGGGUUUUUACGGUCAAAGAUGUCAGUAUGCUUGUCCUAAAAUAGGUGCCCCACUUCAGGGAGCAUUUCCAUACGAAUGUAUUGUUAUUUGA